AUGCUGCUGAACAAACUUCUAAAUCCGUCAUGUGUAAUCAGUACUUCUGUGAGGAACAACUGCCCGUGGUGGCGAAACAGCUUCACGCCGUGCUAUUUCCGUUUCAGAGCGGACAAGAAAGUGAAAAAAGGUACAGUCGAAGGAAGGUUAAAAACCCGUGGCGGACGACUGAUACUGAUGAAGCGAAUACUGCAGGAAAAACCUUUUAUAGCUUGGAACAUGAAAACAGACCCGCCUGAAAAACGUCUGUCAUACCCACUCUAG